AUGACUACCCGCCUUCACAAGGAGCACUUCCCGUCCCUCGUCUCGCAGUACGCGCCGCGUACGCCUGUCCUUUCGCCUUCGAGCUCGCCCGAAAGCGAGUCGUCGGCCAUCCUCUCGCCUGCUGCCGACCUCCCUGCGCUCGGAGCUGGAAUCGGCCUCGGCCUUGGCUUUGGAGACAGGCACGCAAUGUCGACAACCACGACCAGCACGACGGUGAAUGAAAAGAUUGGCGCUGGGCUCCCUAUCCUGCCCCCCAACCACCCUCUGCGCAACAACCUCCAGUCGCAGCAUGUUCACGGCGACUACAGCCGCCGCCCGCUGAGCAUGGGCAUCAGCGGCAGCCAGAAGACGAACAAGUCAUCAGGCAUUAUUAACCCAUACUCUUCCACUCCCGGUACCAACCUGCUACACAAGGCUGGCCUCAUGGUGCGCGUCCCUCGCCGUCUUCGCCCAGCUCUGCUGCUCGCGACCUCGCUCUUUGUCAUCGCCAUCAUUGUCAUCACUCGCUCGGUCGGCGACGCGCCGCUCGUCAACUCGGGAUCCAAGGACAACCUUUCGCCCUUCGGGCGCAGGGCGUACCGUGACAACACUGCCCGCGACGCGUUCAAGCAGGCCGUCGCGCGCGUGCCCUCGUCGCGCAUCACGGCCGCGUCUCAGGUGGGCGGCCUCGAGUUUGAGUCCAAGCACGACGAGCUCCUCGCUCUCAUCAGCUUCAUCACCUCGGCUACUGGCAACUCGCUCCCCGCGCACGUCGACGGCUCCAAGCCCGUGCCCGCCCACGUCCUGCUCGGCUUUGACACGACGGCUGCGUACGCCAAGGACGACCUCGAGAUUGUCAAGGACGAGGUCAACGACCUCAACCCGAUUGUCGUCUUUGGCCGUCUUCGCGACCCCUUCCACCGCGAGCUGAAGCGCAUCCUCGGCUCGUACAAGAUUGUGCCCGCGCCGCUGUUUGUCGACAUUGACCAGCGCCGUGACUCUGCCAACUUUGUCCCGACGAUCGAGCGCCUGCUGGCCACCCAGGAGUUCCCUCAGCUCGUCGUCAAGGGCAAGUCGGUCGCCGCGUUCCAGAAGCUCGUCGAGCUCCACGACGACGACAAGCUUGCCGCUGCGCUCGAGAAGGCCGGCGGCAUCACGGUUCGCCACGGCAAGCAGAGCAAGAAGGGGCGCAAGGAGCUUGAGCGCCUGGAGCGCGAGCGUGUUCUCCGCCCCAACCCUGUCGUCGACAAGUAA